ACCUUUCUCCACUUCCAGUUCCAGUCUACUUCCAGUAAUGUAUCCAACUUGAUUAUAGCCUAACUCAUGGCUACAUUGGUCCAGUAGUGCACAACACAAUGCAUAUGACUAAUUUUGCUGUGUCAUGCUAAUUUUGUUGUGCUGCGGCUUGUUUUCAUUGUGUUGUGCAGUACUGGGCAACCGUUAGAAGAUGGCACAUAAAACAGGCUAAACAUUUUCUGAAUAAAUGACAAUAAAAUUUUAGUAUUCCGGAUGUACUUAAAAUAUGAUUAAUAAAACUACAUUUAAGAGGUCAAACAUCAGCAUGACCAUGUAACCGCUAUUAACAUUACUUGUAAUCGGAACCUUACUCAAGUCUUGUUUUUCAUUCCGGACUCCUGAGACCGACGCACCAUCACACAUGCACUUCAGCUGUCACCUGAAUGUUUAGCCUGAUACUCCGGAUGAAAUAAAUGCUUCUGUUGUUCUUCAGUGUUUGUAAUCGCUGAUCAGUGCUCGUCUGAGUUUUAUUCAUUUUUCCCCCAGUAUCUUUAACGCUGUGUGAGAGAGGGGUUUUAUUUUCUGGAGGAGUGUCCUUCACCGCUUCUCGUAAUGCGACUCACCCUGCGGGCGUUGAUUUCUCAUGGCCGGGUGGCCCGUAAGAUGGGACUCGGCCCUGAGUCCAGAAUUAACCUGCUUCGGAACAUACUCACAGGUCUGGUUCGACACGAGAGAAUAGAGACAACAAGAGCCAGAGCCGACGAGGUUCGCUUCUACGCGGAAAAGUUGAUUGAUUAUGCUAAAAAAGGAGAUACUAAUGAAAAGUCAAUGAAAAUGGCUGAUUUCUGGCUCACGGAAAAAGAUUUGAUCCCCAAGCUUUUUAAAGUUCUGGCGGUAAGAUUUGAGAAUCAGACGGGUGGAUAUACACGCAUGGCCCGCAUUCCUAACAGGGAGAAUCUGGAUCGUGCGUCUAUGGCUGUACUGGAGUAUAAGGGCAACCCUUUCCCGCCGCUGUUCCCCGUGAAACGUGUCAGUGAACUGAACUUGUUAAACCAACUUCUGAAAGCAUACAGAGAAGAAAAAGCUCAAAUGGUGUCUGAGAAAAAGGACUUAUAAUCUUAAAACACUGUAUUUCUACAUUAUAUUUCAUGUAAUAAACCAGUAUACAUUUCAUUAACAUCUCAUUAAAAUUUGCUCU